CGUUAUUUUUAUUUCAGUUAAUUUCCUGUUCUUCUCUCAAUAGUUGAUCUUUAUAGGGGAGAUAUAAAUAGAUGUCCAAAGGACGAGAAAGAAUAUAAUUAUCAAUAAACGAAAUACCAAAGACAAAAUUAUUCAUUCACGAAUACGAAGUAUCAAUUAACGAUUUUUAGACAUUUCUUGACAAACAUAUACCUUUAAGAAUCAAGUAUUGUGUUGUACUUAAUGAAAAUUGAUACCAAUCAAAUACUUCAUCUAGCAAAAGCAACGCUAGAGGACAAAUCAAUAAGUAUUUGAAAGAUAGUUUGCAGUUAUAGCUAUAUAGCCUGAGGAACUAGGACGCUUUAUUCGAAAUUUAAAGUCGAUCAAAGAGAAAAUCGUAGAUGAAUACCGCAUGUGUCAGAGAGGAAUGGAAGAUUCGUGAGAACAAUUUUCGGAAUAGCAAGGAAACGUUGGAAUGGGAAAGUACGAUAUGGUAUUUUAAAGGAUUGGAGACAAAGAAAUAAAGUAGGAAAUAAAGUAGGUAAUGAUGUUCUUAACUCUCUCCCCAAAGCGAAUUUCAGGAUUUUAUAUACAGCACGGUACAUAUGCACAAAAGAACGAGGCUUUUUCUGCGAAACAUUAAACAAUCAUCGCCAUGUUUUAUCGUUAAAGUCGUUUGUGUUUGAUUUUCGGGAGAAGAAAAGGAAGAAGAAGUAGAAGAUAAUAUUGGUUGAGAGAAAAAGGAGUCAUAAUGUUUGUUGACCACAGUAUCACCUGCAGGGGUCAGUUGUAGCUAGAGUGGGGGAUAGCGAAGAGCAUUCGUGCAGGCUGGUGGUUCGCUAGUUUCGCGGUAGCGAUAACCCCCGAUGCGCGUGUGCAUGCAUGUAUUUCGAUGUGUUAGGUUUAGAUAGAUUCGCUUAUACAGGGAAAGAGAGACCUCAAAGCCGUUUUCCUCGGUCGUUCAAUACGCGCGCGCGCGAAACGAAUCGACUUCGUCCCAUAGUAUCGUCACAGUUCUCGUCGGAGACGUUCGUGAUUUUGCACCCUUGUUCAAGUCACAAUUUACCGAACUAUAUGACGAGGGUACACCACGGUUUCCUUUCUUAUUUUCCUUCAUCUCUAUUUCUAUCUUCGCCUUUCUUUCCCUCCAGUUCUCUUUCUCUUAUUAAAUCCUUCGUUUUCUUUGCUGCCUGCUUUCUCUUUACGUUCGUUUCUCUCGUUAUAUUCAAAUACGUGUUAAUAUCUAUCCUAAUCCCAUCCCAUCCCAUCGUUUCGAUUUUAACACAUAAUAUCGCGUUCCCCUCGGCUCGUUACUCGCAAAUUUAUGUGCCUGAUUCUUUCUUCCUCCUUAUCCCAUUGGCUGACACGUCGUUAUCAUCUCAUUUAAAUCCAAUUUGGAACGCUAUUCAGAGCUCAAGCUUUGAAUCUCCUUGGAUAAAGCAAAUGGUAAAUAUGAUUCGCGAGUGUCAUACGUUACUGGAGUGACCAGUAAUCAACAGACUGGGUUUUACGUCAUUCCUUGUUGUUGUCCUAUCUUGUUAUUCGGUAUUGUUUUCUAUUCGCGAUGCGAUCAACCACGGGAUCGUGUGUGAACGAUAUCCAGGAUACGACGUCGCAGGCCAGGCCGGAUUAGGGGUACAUCGAUCAUCAAGAUAUCAAGGAAAAAUCACACAACGUCUCUUUCGAGUAUACUCUAAUACUUCCCUCCUCCUUCCUUGUUUUUCCUUGCUGUCCCUCGUCACCCGGUUUCCAACCAUCUGACCGACUCUUCGUCCUUCCUGUCUUUCUUUUCAUUAUUUCUGUGUUUCUUGCUUUCGUUCUCCUUCUUGACUUUUUUUACCGCUUGGUGGUGAAACGCGCCGCAGUGGCACGAUCGUCAUCGACGAAAAAAGAAGAAUCUAUAUACUGUACCGCGACACACAUACGAGUUCGCGCUCAGUCAAUAGCAGCUGCAUCCUUUGAAAUUUCAAAAGAGGCGCAAACACAAGAGCAUAUCCACGAGUGCGAAACGAACGCAUCGUGAUCGAAUACCAGAGACGACCGGCGAUCAAACUAGCGGAGAAGAAACUGCUGGCUUCCAGCCUGUCGUAAUACGGUGGUGCUACGACGAUAUCGAGAAGCAGGCCCAGUCGGCGGUCCAAACAGUAUUAUGCGUUUUCUACGCUUUUGUUUAUUAUCGAGGGAAGAGAUUCUUAUGGAUGAACGUGCACGAGCUGUCGAGUCGCGAAGUCGGUGAAAAAGAAUAGAACGGAAACGCGAUAAGCUGUACGUAGGAACCGCAACGAUGAAAGGUACACAUUACGGUGAGCCGAGGAACCAAAGAUUCCAAUGAUACCUUCGCAAGGUGGCCGUGAGGGAUACAAAGGUUCUGCCAACCCUCCGAGCAACGGCUCUGAGGACAAUGGCUUCGCUAAUCGACCCCGAGUGGCAGGCCUUUACGCGACGAAUCUCUUCAGAGAAGAGCUCGUUCGAUUCUCGUCAGGAGAGACUGCUCGAUCUCAUGGUCUCACGCGAGAUACUCUCGAAAGAUCGCCACGAGAUAUUGGAAGCCAGAGAAGUUUAAAUCUCCCUACGGGCAUAGCCGAGGAAUUCGAGCUUUUGGAUCGGUCGAGAGUCGGGAUUUCGAGAACACCCCAGCCAUUAAGGAGAGGAGAGACGGACGCUGCUGGUCACGAAUCUAGAUCCAGAUUCGAUGAAUCCGCCACCAGACGAAGGGAUCAUUAUGGAUCGCCACCUGUCGAAAGGAUUCGCGAGAGGGAGGACGAGCAACAGGAAGAAUGUAUUGCUCGAUCCGCGUGCAGUACCCUUCGUGUGUCUCUCCUCGAGUUUCCGCUCUCCGAACAGACGACGUGGAUGGAGUCGGACGUUGGUGAUUCCAAGAUACCUGUUUCGACCGAUGAUCUCGCUGGGAGAAGAGGGCCGGUUGACAGUUCGACGUUCGUUACAACAUCUGCCUCGAUACUUAUUUCUCCCGCGAGUGAGACCAGCGAAUGCGAUGCAAUCUCGCCUCCGGAAGUGGAGAAAUCAUCACCGCCACCGUAUACGGGCCUCAGUCCGCCGGAGUAUACCGGCCAAGAGUACGAGACCAGUGAAACGCCUUCGCCGAUUUUUCCAAAUUAUCCACUGACAUCGUACGCGGAAGAAACACAUCACAGACGUUCGAGGUCGUCCAUUUCGGACGCCGGGCUUGAAUUCACUGCUGCACGCGACGAACGUUUAAAGCGUGAUAGCCGAUUCGAGUCGGAGCCGGAUGAAGCUUUGGCGGAAGAGAUCGGCAGAUCGAGGCGAACCAGAUCGAAUUUAGAAAGGUCUACGGACGACGAUGUCUCGAGAUGUAGAGAUGUCGCGAGGCUGCGACCUCCCUUGGCCGCAGCAGCGGGUGUUUCGGCCGAUUCUGGGACCGGUGAUUCCGGAAGUGCGGAGAUCCAAGUGGAUCCCCUCGGCAUUCCCAGAACAACGACAGCCGGUGAAAUUCUAGAUGGAAGAAACGGAGUUGAGAAUGGCCAAACCGCUAGUAAGUCGUCCAUUAAAACUCCCACCGGGAACAAUAAGCAAACGGUGAAACUCUUCACGAAGGAAAGUCUCGACAGGUUGGAAAACAAGACCGUACAACUCGUCAGAGAUUAUGGCUUUCAGCCGAAACGACGAAUGUCGGUCGAAGAUGGUGCGGUGCUUCCAAACAAAUUCGAACCUUUCCCAACUGAGCUUUACGGUAGGCCUCUCGAGGAGAUUGACAACUUUAUCUACGACGAGACAUUCUGCGUGGUAUCGAAGAGAUUUCGUAAAAAUUACAUUCACCGAUUCACGGCGACAAACAGCUGGUUCAUAUUUUCCCCGUGGAAUCCUAUAAGGCGGUAUUGUAUUUACCUAAGCACGAAUCAGUACUUCGAUUAUAUAGUCAUGGCCACGAUAAUAUUAAAUUGUGCCUUCCUCGCCAUGACGGAAACUAUCGAGGAAGCCGAAUAUAUAUUCUUAGCUAUAUACACGGCCGAAAUGGUGAUCAAAUCGAUAGCCAAGGGAUUUGCGCUCAAUAAAUACACUUACCUGCGAAAUCCGUGGAACUGGUUGGAUUUCGUGGUGAUCACCAGUGGUUAUGCGACUAUUGGAAUGGAAGUAGGAAAUUUGGCUGGGUUGAGAACAUUCCGAGUAUUGAGAGCUCUCAAAACCGUUUCCAUUAUGCCUGGCUUAAAAACCAUCAUCAAUGCAUUGUUACAUAGUUUUAAGCAACUUGCCGAAGUAAUGACACUCACGAUCUUCUGCCUGAUGGUUUUUGCACUUUUUGCUCUACAAGUUUACAUGGGUGAACUUCGGAAUAAAUGUGUAAAAAUUGUGGAAUUCAAUAAUACUCAAGUCGAUUGGAGAGAGUGGACUUGGAACUCGUCCAACUGGGCAUUCGAUGAAGACGAAGAACCAAUAAUUUGCGGUAACGCAACCGGGGCCAGGCACUGCAACGAAAGUUACAUCUGUCUUUGUGUUGGCCCAAAUCCAAACCACGGAUAUACAAAUUUCGACAAUUUUCUGUGGUCGAUGCUCACCACGUUUCAACUGAUUACUCUGGAUUAUUGGGAAGACGUCUAUAAUAAGGUAUUGUCGGCGUGCGGACCUAUCAGCGUCUCGUUCUUCACGGUGGUCGUGUUUUUCGGCUCGUUUUAUUUGAUCAAUUUGAUGCUCGCUGUCGUUGCGCUGAGCUAUGAGGAGGAAGCCGAAAUUACGAACGAGGAACGAAGAAAGGACUUAACCGACCAUCGCGAGGACUCGACGUUUAGUUUCGACCCGACAAAAAUCAAUGUGAAGACGCUUGCCAAAGAAAAGCAAAAGAAAUUAGACGCGAGGAAAGGAGUUCUCCUAAGUAGUUACACGCGCAAAAAAACACGAAGAAGAAGACGUGGGAGAAGUACUGCCGGUUCUGGUUCAUCUGGUCAAGAUAAAGGUGGCUCUGUGCCAAGCAGGUCGGUGACACCAAGCCCGAGCCCAAGUCCAAGACAUUCGAACGUUCGACCGUCUCACUUACUUCUACAAAAUAUUAGCCCACGAACUGUAGAGAAUAACGGGAUUCAUAGAUUGGCGCCAAAUCGUGGAAUGCUUCAUUCUCGACAAGCAAGUAACAACAGUAAUCAACACUCGUCGUUAGACGACUCAGGCGUUGUCGACGACCACGAUGGCGACGAUGUCACAUCCGUAGAAGAACACGACAGGCGUGACAACAAAGAAUCCAGGGCCCAUUGGCAAGAGAGGAUACCAACGAAUAAUAACGCCGAUGGCAAUGCCGAAACUAACGCGGUCGAAACGAAGAAUGAAACGAAUAACGAGACAGAAGUGGACAAUGAAAGAGAAAAGUCACAGGCAACUCAUUCCGGCGGCUAUCUUCGUGCGCCUACGAACGUUCCAGUUUCUCUUGCCAGCGGAACUACUAGAGAAAUUCGAGUGUUUAAAUGCAACGGCGUGAAAACAAAGAAACAGAUGUACACCUUGCCGCCAGAGUAUCUAUCGCACAUUGUUAUUUUAGAUGAUCUUCCCGAUAGAAAUUGCGAAAAGUGCAUCCAAUGCUGUAUAGAUUACGAGGGUUGGCUACGAUUUCAGAAUUGCUUGUACAAGGUAGUGAGAGAUCCACUAUUCGAGUUGACGAUCACAUUGUGCAUCGUCCUGAACACUGGUUUUCUGGCAAUGGAACACCACGGAAUGAGCGAGUCGAUCCGACAGGCGCUCAACAUCGGUAAUAAAGUGUUUACCAGUAUCUUCACCUUCGAAUGUUUGCUGAAACUGUUGGCGCUGAGUAAAGAUUUCUUCGCCAACGGAUGGAACAAUUUCGAUUUGAUAAUAGUGUCAGCGUCUCUGAUAGAUCUUACUUUCGAGCUGGUAGACGGUCUGUCCGUGAUACGCGGACUGAGACUUCUGCGUGUGUUAAAACUGGCACAAUCCUGGACGACGAUGAAGGUUCUUCUCAGUAUUAUUAUUUCAACGAUCGGCGCCCUUGGAAAUCUCACCUUAGUUUUGGUGAUCGUGAUUUAUAUAUUUGCCGUGAUCGGCAUGCAAUUAUUCAGUAAAGACUACACUUUAGACAAAUUUUACCCAGAUCCGGUACCACGGUGGAACUUUAACGAUUUCUUUCACUCGUUCAUGAUGAUAUUUCGUAUAUUAUGCGGAGAAUGGAUCGAGCCCCUGUGGGAUUGCAUGCGGGCAGAAGAGGAAGACGGGCCCGAGGCUUGCUUCGCCAUAUUUUUGCCAGCUCUCGUAAUGGGUAAUUUCAUGGUGUUGAAUCUUUUUCUUGCUUUGCUGCUCAACAGCUUUAAUUCGGAGGAAUUGAAACAGAAGAAGGAGGAAGUCGGCGAUGACUCGAAACUCGCAAGAUCGUUCGAUCGUAUCCGUUCGAUUAUACGGAAGAAUAAAUGUUCGCGCUUGUCUCAAGUUGUCGCUAAAGGGAAAGGGAAGGAUGCUCGUUUCGAAAAGAUCGUGCGACGCGUAAUAGAUCGGUCUGACAACGAGACUAAAUACGCUAUUCAAGAGACUGUACUCAGCCUUCCAAAAGAUAACGUUUACAAUAGAUCUUAUCAAGAAAGUUUAAAUCAGCCCGUUUUUUCUUACGACCCAAUGUACUCUCAGUCUCAAACGGAAGAACAAAGGACAAACGGAAGACAAAGAGAGAAGGAAGAAGAGAAGGACGGCUCGCCAGACGACGAAAACAAUUAUUCGAGUAAGGAAAAAGAGAUUGAGGCAAACGAAGGCAAAGAGGAGGAAUGUGAAGAAGUCGAUGUCGUGAGAGACUCUUCGUCUUCGAACAAAGCACCAGUUGAAGAAAGAGUCGCGAUGCUACCUCAGAUAGAUCCGUUUCCUAGACCCGAGGAUCGGGUACCAAAACGACCUUGGCACGCGCUUGUCAGCUACGUCGAUGAACUGACGGUUGGCGGUAGGAGAGAUAGUAAAGGAAAAUACAUCGAUGGCAUGGGUUCUUUUCCUGGAUUUGGAAGAAGCAACCGACGCAAAGAACCGCAAGAUUGCUUUCCACGACAGUGUUAUCAGAAGUGUACCUGCAUCGACCGGUGUAUUGCAACAGCUAUCGGCAAAAAAUGGAUCAGAAUGCGAACAGUGAUUCUUUCAGUCGUUGACACGCCUGCCUUCGAAUGGAUGAUCCUGGUUUUCAUUUUUGCAUCCUCCAUAACUCUUUGUUUCGAAGAUAUUUAUCUAGAUGAUAAUCCUUUCUUGAAGAAAAUCCUCUAUUGGACCAAUCUUGGCUUCUGCACGCUUUUCAGCAUUGAGAUGUUACUCAAGUGGUUAGCUCUGGGUUUCUGCAAAUAUUUCACCAGUUUUUGGACAAUCUUGGAUUUUAUAAUUGUCUUUGUAUCAACGUUUAGUCUGUUGAUAGAAGAAAACGAAAAUUUAAAAGUGCUAAGAUCUUUAAGAACCUUGAGAGCACUGAGACCAUUAAGGGCGAUAUCGAGAUGGCAAGGCAUGAGGAUCGUAGUGAACGCGUUGAUGUAUGCGAUACCUAGUAUAUUCAACGUGCUCCUCGUCUGUCUCGUGUUCUGGCUGAUAUUUUCUAUUAUGGGUGUACAAUUUUUCGGCGGCAAGUUUUUCAAAUGCGUUGACGAGUACGGCGAAUUAUUAGAUAUAUCAAUUGUAAACACGAAAGACGACUGUCUGAGGAAAAAUUACUCUUGGGAAAAUAGUAAAAUUACGUUUGAUCACGUCGGAAUAGCUUAUCUAGCUCUGUUCCAAGUAGCCACAUUCGAAGGGUGGAUGGAGGUGAUGCAGGAUGCAGUAGACGCAAGAGGUGUAGAUCUUCAGCCUCAAAGAGAAGCAAACAUCUACGCAUAUUUCUACUUUGUGAUAUUUAUCGUUUGUGGCUCCUUUUUUACACUAAACCUCUUUAUCGGAGUAAUUAUAGACAACUUUAAUAUGUUGAAGAAAAAGUACGAAGGUGGGGUGCUAGAAAUGUUUUUGACCGAAAGUCAAAAGCACUACUACACUGCCAUGAAAAAGCUCGGCCGUAAAAAGCCACAAAAAGUGAUAAAGCGUCCGAUGAAUCAAAUCCUCGCAAUGUUUUACGACCUAUCGAAUUCACGCAGAUUUGAAAUAGCAAUUUUCAUUUUGAUAUUCCUCAACAUGCUGACAAUGGGAAUCGAGCAUUACGAUCAGCCUCAUCCAAUCUUCUUCGUUCUCGAAGUGUCCAACGCAUUUUUCACGACCGUUUUCGGUUUAGAGGCAAUCGUGAAAAUAAUUGGGCUUCGAUAUCACUAUUUCACGGUGCCAUGGAACUUGUUCGAUUUCCUCCUUGUACUGGCAUCCAUAUUAGGAAUAUUAAUGGAGGAUAUUAUGGUAGACUUUCCGGUGUCUCCGACGCUCCUGCGAGUCGUGAGAGUGUUCAGAAUCGGUCGAAUCUUAAGGCUCAUAAAGGCAGCCAAAGGUAUUCGUAAACUGCUCUUCGCUCUGGUGGUUAGUCUUCCGGCGCUGUUCAACAUCGGUGCCCUGUUAGCUCUAAUUACUUUUAUUUAUGCCAUUAUCGGCAUGUCAAUCUUUGGUCAUGUUAAAAAGCAAGGCGCGCUCGAUGAUAUGGUAAAUUUCGAAACUUUUGGUAGAAGCAUGCAAUUACUGUUUCGAUUAAUGACAUCGGCCGGUUGGAACGAUGUGUUAGAGUCUUUAAUGGUACAACCACCGGAUUGCGAUCCGACUCCGACCAGUCGACAGAUGAAUGGAAAUUGCGGAUAUCCUCUCUUGGCAAUAACAUAUUUUACUUCUUUCAUCAUAAUCAGCUAUAUGAUAGUUAUCAAUAUGUACAUUGCUAUUAUCCUCGAGAAUUUUAAUCAGGCCCAUCAAGAAGAAGAGAUUGGUAUCGUCGAAGAUGAUUUAGAAAUGUUUUACAUACGAUGGUCCAAGUAUGAUCCGCACGCGACACAGUUCAUAAAUUUCUCGCAAUUAAGCGAUUUCAUAGCAAGCCUGGAUCCACCGUUAGGAAUUUCGAAACCAAAUAUGGUCGCGUUGGUUAGCUUUAAUCUUCCUAUCGCAAAGGGUAAUAAGAUUCAUUGUCUGGACAUUCUGCACGCACUUGUCAAGCACGUCCUUGGACAUGUAGAGGAGUCUGAAGAUUUCCGAAAGCUACAGGAACAGAUGGAUAUCAAGUUUAAGAAACAAUUUCCUACGCGCAAAGAACUUGAGAUUGUUUCUUCGACGAGAAUGUGGAAACGUCAAGAUAAAGCAGCUAGGCUGAUUCAACGUACUAUCAGGGAAUUUAUAACGGCAAAAAAGGAACGUGAAAGGAUGGCUCAAGAAGUAGACUCGCAGACUCAAACGUCGAGUCCUGGUGGUGGGAAUGAGGGUAGGGGCGGGGGUGGAUGGAGUGGCAAAGUAUCGGCAUUUCUACAUGUGCAUAGGGGUAGCCGAGCCAGUAGUCGCAAGUCCUCGAGGGCCAGCGACGCCAGCGAUUUCAGCGAGCUCGGUACAGCUUCGGCAUGGCUUUUUCCAAACUUACCUCUGCUGUUGCUCUCCGGCGCCACCGGUACUCACGAGGACCUGCCUCCUCCCGCUCUGACCGUAUCCCGUCCCUCGCCGACUACAGAACAACAAUCGUUUACCGGCUCCUCUGCUACUUCUGCUACUUCCUCUGAUCUACACAUUAGAUCAAUCGGGGGUCCGACUCUCGGCCGGCAGAAUGCCGUUGAAAGUUAUCCCGAUGAGGAAGUCCCCAGUCUUCCUACGAAGCGCAGAUCACUUCCGCCAAGCGCUACAACACUCUCUCUAAAUACCUUACAUCGUGACAUCAAAGAAGCGUUUAGCAGACGUUGCGGUAGCCUCCGGAAGAAACAUCAACCAGCACCAGAACCAGCUCCGCUGCCAAUCGAAUCUACCGAUGUAAGCAUACUUGUUACAGAACCCAGUCCAGAGAAUUCAGCACCGCCUACAAGACCGGCACUACUUAGACGACAAUCCGCCGCCACGGUCGUUCACGUCCUCGUUCAUAGAGAGAGUGAAGAAUAUCGAGAUACACAACCCGACAAUGCCAGUUGAUCUUAGAUCGUUAUGCUUGACAUCCUUCCGAAAUCAAUUUAAACGAGAGGCUAGGCUGAAAGCCACCGAAAUUUUGCUUCUUAUCGCGUUACAGUGACCUCGAGAUUCGAAUCUCAUCCGAUUCCCUCUCCUCUCCCCCUUUCUUUGACGCUGUUGCCUUAACAUCAUUACCAUCAAAUGUUCUUACUAUUUCAUUAUAAUAUGUACAUUUGAGAAGUCUCAAUGAAAUUAUUUCCUAACAAUUACAAUAGUAAUAACUUUAUAAAAAUAUUUAUUCCGAUAAUUAGAUCUUCUUGUAAACACAGUACGAUUUUUCUUUUACAAAAGCUAUUCUAACGAAACUUUUGAUCCUAAUGAAUAAUAGUAGCCUAUUUUUAGUAAUCAAUUUAUCUCGACGAGCUUAAAUCUUUUUCUUAUGCAAUAGAAACAGUGAUAGCUGGAAUAUAUAUAGUUGAGGUAGUUUAAUUGACUCGAUAUUACAUGAAACUCGCAUUUCUUCUACCAUAAUUAAGGGUGAUUGGACCAAUUUAGUGAAAUAUAUUUAAAUUCCGAUCCCUUCUUCAAGUUAAAUCAUUGAUACGGUCUACUUGUUAUAAAGAGAAAUGAAUAAUAAUUACGUGGACAAAAAAAAUAAUACUGCCUUAAAUAGCAUAGAUUUUUCAUUUGUAUAAUUAUUUUGAAGAAAGAAACAAAAAGGACAAAAAAGAGAGGGAAAGAGAAGAUGGAAGAAGGAAAACCAAACGGGAAUUUUUAAAGAAGAUUGUAAGAUUGUACACUUAGCCAAGUAGUUGUUUUUCUUUACACAUUUAAGGAAACGUAGAAUACUAGUACCGCUACUAAUUUUGUAUAAUAUCAGACAUCAUAAACAAUAGCAUUUAUAGAACGUAAACGUAUGCGAUGUUUGUCUUAUUCAGAAUUAUCAAGGAAAUUGCGAUAUUCCUAAUAAGUAAUAAGAUUACAUGCUUAUCGCUAAUUUAGAAUUAAUAAUAUUUCUUUUUUUUCGUUCCAUAUUUGUUAGAAAGAAAGACUUUCUCUUCUGGACACGUUAUAGUAUUCAAGUAAUGAAUCGUAUAUUCACUACGCUAAUGAUCGAUAUUUAGCUUUCCGUAUAUGUAUAUAUGUGCUAACUUUAUAAUCAAUGUUAUCUGUUCAAGAAUAUUGGAGAAAAUGUAACGAUAUAAUUUUCUUUUAUGUUGGAAUCAAAUAACUAACAAAGAGAAACAAUAAUAUUCUAAUUAAGCGAAAUUAAAAUUUGGUACAUUAUAUAUAUAAUAUAUAUAUAAUAAUAUGUAUAUAAUUAUAUAUAUAUAUAUAUACACGCGAAAAACUUAAUAUCGAUCAUCGAUAAUCAGCAGAAUAGUAAAUUUAUCGAGAAUCUGUUAACAUGUAUGGAAAUCGAACAAUGCCCAGAAAGGAUGGCUCUCUCUCCUCUAACGUUCUUCAUAGCAUUAUUUUGAAAUAAAAUGCAUUAAUAUGUUACAUUAUACAUAUAAUUAUACUUACAUAUCGCACGGUAUCUAUUGCUCAAAAAAGAAAGAAAAAAGGAAAAAACGGAGAAAUCAUAAUGAAUUUAAAUCUCACUUUCAAAUUCAUAUUGAUUUCUACAUUGGCAUAAUAUACAGUAUGUUCUGUUUAGCUGAAAACACUCGAAUAUGUGGAAAAAUACAAAUGAUACGAGAAAAUGUUUUAUUCCUUUGUAAAUUCCAGAUAUUUGAACGUUUCUAGUUAAACAGGACAUACUGUAUGUAUUGCUUUUCUUUCCAUUUUCUAUAUAAUUAAAAAACAACAAAUCAAGAGCAAGCCAGUAAAUAUAGCUACAUACAGUAUGUCAAGUACAAGAAACGACAGUAUUAUAGAUAUCUUUGUUUUUUGAUUCAUUUCAUUCAACUAAUUAUAACAUGAAAAAGGUUUAUGUAAACCUAACGAUGUAUACUUGUCUUCGAAGAGAAAUCUUAUAAGUUUAGUAAUUAACAAAUUGAUAUAAAUAUGAAUAUAAACGAAUAAAGUAAAAUUUCUACAUAUUUAGAACAAUGAUACAAUUUGUUUUUAUAAUUUUAUUGAAAUUCGUGAAACUGAAUUUAUCAAUGAAUUUAUACUAAUCUAGAAAGAAUUAUUUUCUUUUCCGGAUAAAAUUGUAUAAACAAUAAACAGUAUAAACAGUUUUUACUGUUUAACUAUUAAAGACUAUUAUAUUCAGAACUGUACUUUGUAUGAAAGAAAUUUUUAAAUCUUCGACGAUGAGUAUUAUAGAUAUCGCUCAUUUACUACACAAGGACAUCACUUGAAUAACUUGAAUUAUUGAUACAGAAAAAGCAAUUGUUCCUUGUAUGUACCUCUUUUGGAAUUUUAUAAAUUAACUUCAAAAAUUCACCACAUCAGGGCAACAGUUAUCCGCUGUUAUUUAUACUAAUAGCUAUCGCUGUUGCAUCAUCAUGAAACUAUAACAAUUUAAAACAUUCAAACUCUUCUUUUUUCUGUUUUGUCAUUGUUGCAGCAAAUGAGCGAUAUGUAAUGUAUACAUACGUAUAUAUACGUGUAUCAUAUAAUGUUGUAUGUAUAUAUAUGUACACGUAUUAGUAUAAAAUUAAUAUGUGUAAAAAAUAAUUUUUUAUUUUAUUUUUUCUUUGUUAUGCUAAAUUUGUGUGACAAAAUCAUAGAAAACUAUGUCAUCUAACAUCCGUACAACAUGGAACUAAAAAUUAAGAAAUAUUUAAUGACAGAAAAGGAGAGAGGUAGGAAAGAGCAGAAGGAAGAAGUGGGGAAAAAAAUUUUUUAAAUAGAUUCACGUAGAGAAAGGAACAACGAAUUUUGUAGUAAUUAGUUACAUUUUUAGCGUAACCUUAUUGGAUCAUCUUCAUUUAUUUAUUUGUUUAUUUAAUAUUCAAAUCCCUAAAAUUAAAAAAGUCACACAAUUUAUUGAUUCUUAUAACAAUAGAUGUUCACGUUAACAUUUUCAUAUUUUCCUUUCACAAAUUAAACGUUGCCAUUAACACGUCACGACCUCUCGUGGACCUAUAGUGCCUAUUAUUAGAAAACGAUUGCGAGUUAAUAUAAUAUGUAUACAAAAAUAUAAACAUGUAUAUUAGAUUUUCAUAUUACAAAGCGUUCGUACAUGAAAACAGUACGAGCUAAAUUUACGUAAAAAUCUCUCGUUAGAACGUACAACGUACGUUACUUUUAGAGUUUAGCAUUUAAUGCUUAAUGCUUGAUAAAUCUGUUUCUUCGCGCGUUGACUAUAAGACAUAGUUAUUAAGUAUAAAGGAUCACUGAGAAAAAGGUCGAUAAGUAAACCAGACAGAAAGAUAUGAUUAAAGAUAAAAAUUUAAUAUUUCGAAAAUAUAAUUUAAUUCGAAAAUGUGAUCUUUCCAAGACACGCAUUGUAAAGCUAUGUAUCAUGUCAAUUAAAGGCAUAAAUUAUACUGUAUGUUAUUCAUAAUUGGCGCCUAUACGCGCGAUACGUCUAGAUACUACAUACAAUAUUAUAAAUAUAUCAAAAAAAUAAGAGACUGGACAUAACACGCGACUAUCUUAAAACUAACGGAUAGUUAAAUUCCAAAAAAUUGUACAAUCACGCUCGGAUAUCCACCAGGGAUCCGAAAUUAUUUAGAUUAUAAACCUUUCUGCGUGUCUGCGUGCUGCGUGCGUGUGUGUGAACAAAAUUCGAUAAAAUAACACCUGCUCAAACCUAUACAUAUUUAAAUACACCGUCAGGAUGCACUAACCUAACUAUAAAUUAUUACUGCAACUAUCAGCUUUUUCUUUCGACGCUGGAACGUGCGAUCGAUCGUGCAAUUCAUUGUUAGUUCCAAUUAGUUUAACGUUCCUCACAUUUUUUUAUAUAAAAAAGACAGGAAAAUACAUCAAGGUGACAAUAUCGUUCACACAAUACAAUGAAACAACAACAAAAAUCGAAUGUUCUUUCAUUCGGGCGAAAAGAAAAAAACGUAUAGUUAUGAGAAAUCUUUUAAGUAAUAAUGUUAAAACAAGAGAUACCCAUUAGUACAGGGUUAAUGACAAUCGAGGUCUUGAAGGAAAAUUGCUUUUUUCUAUUCUUCCACUAUUUUACGCAAUUUACUUUGAAAAAACUUAGUAUAACUAUUUCAAAAUAAUCAAUAUCGUUUACUCUUAACAGUCAAUACUCUAUUAUUAAUAAAUAAUAAUUUCAAUUUAUUACAAAAUUAAAAUUAUAACGCUGUUAGGAAUUCACUAUAGAUGAAAGAGUAUAGAUCAUGUUCUAACAUUCAACAAUGAUGGAAAUAUGACAAAAUAUAAAGAUAAAGAUUAGACGGAGGGAGGGGCGAAGAAGCAAGCAAACAGACAGAGCAGAAAAUUCUGUACUAGUGUUGUAAUGAUUCAUCAGAUAAAAAUUAAAAACAAAGCAGUAAAACGUUCCUUUACAUCAAACUUGUAAAUAGUAUAAUGAUCCUUUAGUUUGCAAAAAUGACUGUUUUGUCAUUUAAAUUUAUAAACAAAGACUCGAGCAUUGUUCUUCCAUAUAUAUAUAUAUCUAUAUAUAUAUAUUAGUUCCAGUUAAAUUUUAUGUAAAUUUCUAUUUUCUUAUUUGUUUCAUAAACUCAUUAGUAAUAUUACACUAUGCAUUUCAAUUUAGUAUGCUUUUAAAUCAUAUUUGGCAUAUAUUUAAGUCAUACUUUUGUAUUUAAAUCAAAUUUCUUCUCUAAACUUCUAACAUAUAUAAUAUACUUGUACAAAUGUACUUCCUCUUUAUUAUAUUAACAAUGCUCGAUAUAGUUUAUAAGCUAAUACGAGCAAAUACUGAAUUUUGAAAUACAGUCUAAUCAAAUCUGACAUUAUAACACAAAUGCUAACGAUACUAAUAAAAAACAGGUGAAUAAUAAGAAUGUUAACCAUGUAUGAAUGAUAUUAUAUAACUAUUGCUAAAAAAUAAAUUAUGGAGUUUAUCAUUGA